UUUCAAAGUUAACCUCGCUAAAAACAAAAACCCUAACAUCCUCUCUGCCCAUCGCAGCCGCAGGGCAACUCAGAGAGAAGCUUACGAGGAGAAAGACAAAUCUCGUCCCAGCGAUCGUUCGUCGCUGCUGCAAUUUAUGGCAUCGUCGCCGGCUCUCAGAGAAGUCCAGCGCGACCUCGAAACCCAAGCGAAUGCCCUCAGCAAGCUCCAGAAAGACAUCGCCAAGAACCACCAGGUAAGGAAGCAGUAUACCAUCCAGCUCGGCGAGAACGAGCUCGUCCUCAAGGAACUGGAGUUGUUGAAUGAGAAUGCCAAUGUGUAUAAGCUGAUAGGGCCGGUGCUCGUGAAGCAGGACCUGGCGGAGGCCAAUGCCAACGUCCGCAAGAGGAUAGAAUACAUCUCUGCUGAACUGAAGCGUCUCGAUGGGACCCUCCAAGAUUUGGAAGACAAGCAGAACAGCAAGAGGGAUUCGAUUUUAAAAUUACAGCAGAAGAUUCAAGCUCUUCAGGCUGGAAAAUCCAAGUCCUAGCUUGCUAUUCUAUGUUAUGACUAGUUGGCAUUUGUCUCAUCUCAGUCUCCGUUUUGUUUUUGUUUGUUAAAGUGCCUUAUCCGUCUGUAUUAAGUUCUAUUAGAUCAGCUACUGCAGUAGGAAAGCUUUUAGGGCUGAUAUGUGGGUGUGCAUAUUCAGUUUUGAUUUUUCUCUUUCUUGCUCUUGAUAUGUUACUCAACACCGGGGGCAGUCCAAACUAGGGACAACAAAUGACAAUAUGCUGCAUUUUGGUUUUGUGGGCUUCGCGAUUUGUAAUAGUUAUGAUGGCUAUGAUGGCUAUGAUGGCAUAUUGAUUUGUUACAAUAAUUGAUCUUGUAUAACAGUCAUGAGGACAGUGCUAUUGCUUUGACAUGUAAAAAGAAUUUCAGUGCGAAGCUGGAUUUGCCAUCA